CUUUUUAAAAUGUCAUACAAACAGCCGAUUUCACCCGUUCUCUUUUGGACUGUGGAGGGGGAACCCAUGACAUUCUUCCUACGACCUGGUCCAGUCAAACGUCAGCUGCAGCCACUCAUCACAUCCGGAGGAGGGAUUUUAUCUAAGGUGCAGAAGCCAGGAGCUAUCCUGCUGAUUGAUCCUGAUGAGAAGACCUCUAUUUCUGCAUCCGAUGCUCAUCGUUAUGUUUCCACCCAGUACAUCCAUGACUGCAUAGAGAAGGAGGAGCAGCUGAAUUUGGAAGACUACAGGCUGAACCCAGUAGUGACCAACAGAGUCUCUCCAAGAUUAAACCGCAGUGGGGGUAGCCCCUCUGCACUCACAGGCAGAGUUGCGUACACCCCUGAAGAUGAUGCUGCCAUUUUGAAUUUUAUCAACCAGCGCAAGGGAGAGACAGGGGGAAACCGGCUUUGGCAGGAGAUGGAGAAGCAGCAAGUGACCAGUCACAGCUGGCAGUCCAUGAAAUCAAGAUACAGAGACAGACUAGCAAAGAAACAGCCUGGAGUUAUAGAGACGGAAAUUGGAGAAGAAACUGACAAACUGCCAGAGAACGAGAAGGAGGUGAAAUGCAUUCAGGAAUUUGAUGCUGAGAAAAAUUCCUGUGAGGCAACCAUCACUCCUGCUUCUGCAGAUUCAGACCUAACUCAGAUCGAUGAGCAGUCAGUAGCAGCAGCAAGCACAUCUCAUGAUGCAGAAACUAAGAAACCGGCUUAUUUUGGGGUGGAAGAGAACCGAACAACUAAGGAAAAACAAAAUAUAAACAUUCAGUCUGAAAGUGUUGAAGGUGAAACUUCUCACUGUCGCAUAACUGAGGAGCAGACAGAUAACCAAGCCAGCACAGAGAUCCUAGAAGCAGAGAGAGAAGCGUCUCCAACACCUGUUUUACCAAAAAGUCCCCCUCCAGCUCAACAGAAAUCGUCAAGUAAAACUUCCUCAACUAAAAGACCAAAAAAAAAGCAGGAGCCUUCCCCGUUAACGGAACAACCACGGCGUCGGCUUACACGCAGGCAGCUUGACCUGGAGGCAUCCUUUUCAUCCCCUGAGUCUUAUGUGAAAAAACUAAGAUCAUCCUCGAGCACCGCUGAGCAGUCAACACCAUCUCCUCCACCCUUGAGAAAAAGAAAAUAUGCCGGGAAGUCUUCUAAUCAAAGAGCCCAACCAAGAGAAGAGACUCUUCAGAAGAAAGCCAAAGGGAGGAAGGCAGCAGCUGUGGUGGAGAGUGAUGAGGAGCAGGACAGCCAUGAUGCUGAGGAUAAAUCAGCACAAGCAGAUGAGCCUAACUCAGCCCCACAUAAAGCAACAAAGAAAAAAGAGAAAAGACAGCUGGGAAUUCUUGAAAUGGCUACAAAGGAGUUUGAAGAUGGUUCUGAGUCUGACAAGGAUGAGGAUUCAGUUCUCCUCAACAACGACGGAACAACUUCAUCAGCAGGCGCUCCGGAGCCAUCAGAGCCGACCCCACAUCCGCCCGGUGCCGAGUCUCCCCCUGAAAGCAGCGGAUCCAGCCCGCAAAGAACUGUACCAGAAAGCCAGGUCUCCAGUAGUAACUCUGUUCCAAACAAUAGCUGCCCCGAUGCUGGUUCUUCCCGGCCCAUCAGAGCCUCUUCAAAGGCUCACCUGUUCAUAUUCGACAGUGAAUCUCAGCAAGAUGACUCUCAGUCUGUGGUUGGUGAAAGCUCAGCAGCUCCAUCUCACUCGUCGUCAUCAAAGGACAAGGACGCAACCUUUUCUCUAACUCAGGUGCAGUUAGAGGAGGACAAGCAGCGAAUCCGAGAGCUGAUGAACCAGACCAACAGGGACUUGGUCAGUGUGACCAAAGCUUUGCUAAAGACCAGCGGAGACUUCGCUUCUGCAGUUGAUUUGCUUUUGAAUCCGUCAUUUGUCUCUGCACCUCUCUGGAAUCGCCAUGACGAUGGUUUGUUGCAUUCAACCGAUCCUACUGUCCGUCGGAUGCUGCAGGAAAAGUACGGUGAAGAGAGCCUGGCCAAGAGGAUUGCUUUUCUUGAAGUGGAGGGCUAAAAGUUAUCCAAUAUGAAAGAUCUGGACAUUAUGUGCUUGAUGCACGCUUCGUGCGUGCAAAUCGCUCAUAACUAGUAUAAAUUUCCACCUGAAGUUUAUCUUUAGCUAAAUUUGACAAACUGGGAGUACUGUCCUUGCAAAAUAAAUCAGCUCCUACUUAUUCAAUCA